CAGCAGAUGGUGACGGGUCUCCCACGUGACAGCCGUAGAACCCGUGACAGGCAUUGACGUCAUAGAGUGUACUCGCUAUUCUUAGUGCAACACCUCUAUAAGCUCCGUGCUAGUUCCAACAACUGAGAGAGAACAGAGAAAAAUAACUGGAGGAACUACCAUUUUACAUCGUCCGUUAUUUGUGAAAAUUGUUACCGAAAGUUUUCAUUGAAGGUUAUCCGGCAAAGAAAGAAAACAAACACCAAGCAAUGGAUUUACUGAAUACCCCAGACUUUGACUUCGAUGCUUACAUUAAAACUACCAAAGCUCUUCACAUCGUUUUCAUCAUCGUCAUAGUACUGUGCAACGGGGCGUUGAUCUUCAGAAUUUGGAGACAGAAACAAUUUUUCUACAGCGCUAAAUAUCUCUUACUGGUGUCAUUGUCCAUAGGUGACAUUUUCCUGGCUCUUUUUUCAAUGGUGGUAUCAACCAGAACACUGUUUCAAGAUUUCGCCAUAGGGGAGUUAACUUGUAGUUUAUUGCUCACGGUUGGUGUUUAUCAAACACAUCUCAUCAACUUUGUCCAUGGGACUGGGCUCGUUGUUUUAUCAGCAGAGUAUAUGCACCGCUGUAGAUCAAACAGUCAAAGAACGAAAACUCAAACAGAUAUACUGAGGGGGUUUGCCAUCAGUUGCGUCCCGUGGAUUCUGGGUCUUGUGAUUAUACUACCACUGACAAUGGCAUACAUGGACAUGGAAACAUGCAAAGGGGUGUUCCCCAUUUCCAGGCUUCAAGCUGCGGGUAUUGUAUCCACCAUUCUACCCGCGGUCAUAGCCCUUGUCACAGCUAUCUGUGUUUCAUGUAUAAAGAAGGAUCACGUUCCACAACAGCAGAUAGAGCUGACCCCACAGCAAAACCAGGUCUUUUCUAACCAGGUGUCACAAUGGAACACGCAAGGUGCACCGGUUAUUGACGGUUACAACAAGCAACCAGAGAUGACCCCACAAAACACCCAUCCAACACCUACUGCUCCACAAUAUAAUUAUCCACCACAGACAGCUCCAUAUACCAAUUAUCCACAACAGUAUCCACCACCCAGCUAUAUUAGUCCGCCCACCUACACCCCAGCUAUGAACAACACCCAAGUUAACAAUGUAGUUAUAGGACUCAACCCCAACCCUCACAUCACAACAACACCAGUAGUUAUCAACAAUGAAAAAAACAAAAUCCUUUCCCUUGCCUUGCUCUUCUUUUUUCUCGUGGUUCCUCAAGUUAUUUUCUAUCUGGCCUAUGACCUCAACAUGGACAUAAACCAUAACUUUGCACUUCCUAAAGUAGCCUACUACUCCAUACACGACGGUCUGAUGUGGUUAAUGCUACUACGUCCAAUCUUCACACCGUUAAUGGUAAUUGCCCCAUCAUAUUUGCAGCAUGCCUAGUUACACUAUUGUAAUCUCUUGUAUAUCAAACAUUUAAAAAAGCAAAUUAUAAAAUUGCAAUAUGGUCACAGAAACAUUUGAGCUCUAGUUAGGAUGGACUCCCAGGUUCAAAAAGGCAACUUAGAUAUAUCUGACAUGGAGGCAGACCAAAAUAUAGGGACAUUACUUCAAUUAUAAUUAAAUUUUACACCAACUUUUAAUAACCAUAUAAUCAUAGAGUGGCGAAUUAAAUCAUCUCCUACCCGGUGAUUUGACCACAUUGUUUUGGAGCCCCUCCUCCUAGAUUUGUGAUGUCAACUGUAUACAUAAUCUAACAAACUAAUAAUAAAAUUAGAAAAAAAAACAACCACCGCCUCAGUUUUAAAACGUAUUAUGGCUCCCACUGAGAAAGUGUGUGUACUCUCUAUAUUGACUGAUCAAAACACAAAAUGAUUUUCUGCUUUGAUUUGUAAAUUAUAUCUUUGUUUAACCGCUGUUUCUGUUAUCCGUGUGAUUUCCAUUUGCGCAUAAUAUAUAGUCUAAGAUUUCAAAUCAUUGUUCAAUGACUCAUAUGCUGCUUUCAAUCAUUCAAAAUGUAUAAAAUAUUUAUAAAUAAAGCAAUUGUAUACGAUUCAUUGCUUUUACGCCAUUGAAUAUUUAAUUGAUUAAAUUUGAUUUGAUUAAUUAUAUUAGUCAUUGUUGCUUGUUUUGAGGAGGGACAUGCUUAUAUAUGCAAUAUAUAUAUAUAUAUAUAUAUAUAUAUAUAUAUAUAUAUAUAUAUAUAUAUAUAUAUAUAUAUGAUAUAUAUGUCUCUAUUUACAUACAUAUUUCUAGACAAUAAAACAAUGUAAAUAAAUAUGUUUUUUUAAAAUCAACUGUAGUUGAAUUUUUUAUAUACAGUUUUCACCUCGUAUUGAUUAGAUCUUUAUUUUUUCUGGAAAACGACAAUGUAAAUACUACAAUUAUAGCAAGUGCUUGUCAUAUAUACCGUAGUAGUUUUUCAAUUUUCUGAUGACGCAUAGUAAAGACAGAAAUUUUUUUCGUCGAUUACACUAGCAAUAGCAGUUUUUUUUAUUUUUCAAAUAGGACCAACUUAAAGAUUAUCCCAGGUAGUUACUAAAAGGCACAUUUUUCAUCUUUGGCCCCAAGAUGACAGAAUGUAGUUUGCUUAGGGUAAACACACUUCGACUAACCUCAUUGUAAGUCAUACUUCAAGGGGUGCAGACUUUGACGAAAGGAGAAUUAUGUUAAGUUAUUUUUAAUGCCUUGUGGAUAUUUCAUGUUGAAAUACAUAAGAAGACAGUCAAGAAAAACAUUUUCAUAUAACAUUUAGAAAUGUAAAAUACUGUCUUUGUUUUUUGCCUGAGAAAUAUUAUAUAGUGUGUAGUGUUUUGUAAGUUUAUUUAUGUUCCAAUGUUAAUUAAA